AUGUAUCCUGGUGGUUAUACUGCUGAAGUUACAAGCUUAGCUCCUAAAGCCACAGAGAAGGAUGUGCACGAUUUUUUUUCUUACUGUGGUGCUGUUGAGCAUGUUGAAAUCAUUAGAUCUGGUGAAUAUGCUUGCACCGCAUAUGUAACUUUUAAAGAUGCCUAUGGUCUUCAAACUGCCAUCCUGCUUAGUGGAGCCACAAUUGCUGAUCAACGUGUUUGCAUAACACAAUGGGGAACUUUUGUAGAUGAAUCCGAUCCCUGGAACACUCCUUGGAAAAAUGAGGAGAACACCAGCUCAGAGGGAAUUCAUGUCAACCAGUUUGUUUCUAACCCGGGAGAAGCAAUGACCCUUGCUCAGGAAGUUGUUAAAACAAUGUUAUCCAAGGGAUACGUUUUGGGAAAAGAUGCAAUGGUCAAGGCCAAGGCGUUUGAUGAAUCCCACCAAGUCUCAGCUACCGCAGCUGCUAAGGUAGCUGAGCUAAGCAAUAGAAUCGGGCUCACUGACAAGAUACAUGCAGGAAUGGAAACUGUGAAAUGCGUGGAUGAGAGGUACCAUGUUUCAGAAAUCACCAAAUCAGCUGCAUCAGCUACUGGGACAGCAGCUUUAGCUGCAGCUACUUAUACAGGGAAAACAGCUGCAGCAGCUGCUAAUGCUGUAGUCAACAGCUCCUACUUUGCCAAGGGAGCUCUUUGGGUUUCAGGUGUUUUGACACAGGCAGCCGAUGCUGCAGCUGAUUUGGGCAAGAAGGCUAGCUCAUGA